AACACCCUAUUCAUUCAUCUAACAAUACGACUCCAAAUUUACAUAUGGUAAGAGAUCUCGAGAUCAUCGACUCUUCUUCUCUAACAAAAAAAAAAAAGUCUGUGUUGACCCUCUCCUCCCACCCUCACGGUUACGGCGAUUUCUUUGUUAUUUCCUGGCCCCCCAGUCCCCACAUUAUUAUGAAUUGACUCUUCUCUGGUUUUUUUGGUUAAUAGAGUCGUCGCCUUAAUACUAGUCUCCCAAGUGCCGAGUCGUAGUUGCCAUUUCUUUCAACAACCCCACCCCACGCCUAUCUAUCUAUUGAUUUCUGUGUAUUAUUCAUUUCUCCAUAGCCCACUCCACUUCUCUUCCGCUCAGGAAUUCAUUGCGCCUCGAUCUACCAGAUCAUCUUCUUCAUUUAAGCCUCCAAAAACUUUUCCUUCUUAAUCUUUUCCAGACACAAUUAAGUUUUUAUAGGAGGAUUAUUGAUCAAUCUCAGAAGUCAAAAGUCAAAAUGAAUGAUCUAUUCUCUGGAUCUUUCUCUCGUUACCGAGAGGAUCAAUUGUCGCCGAAUGGAAACGCCUCCAUCGAGAUGACCGCCGGCACCGGAGGAGUCAACCUCGACAAGUUUUUCGAGGACGUGGAGGCCAUCAAGGACGAGCUCCGGGACCUCGACAACAUCUGUACUCGUCUCAACACCUCCAAUGAACACAGUAAGACUCUCCACAAUGCCAAGCAGGUCAAAGAUCUACGCGCCAAGAUGGACAACGACGUUGCCGUGGCGUUGAAGAAGGCAAAGUUCAUCAAGGUCAGGCUCGAGGCGUUGGACCGGUCCAACGCCGCGAACCGGAGCAUCGCGGGAUGCGGACCGGGGAGCUCCUCGGAUCGGACCAGGACGUCGGUGGUGAACGGGCUGAGGAAGAAGCUGCAGGAGUCGAUGAACCAGUUCAACGACCUCCGGCAGAAGAUGUCGGCGGAGUACCGGGAGACGGUGCAGCGGCGGUACUUCACGGUGACGGGAGAGCAGCCGGAGGAGGCGGUUGUGGAUAGGCUGAUCUCGACGGGGCAGAGCGAGACGUUUCUGCAGAAGGCGAUACAGGAGCAGGGGAGAGGGGAGGUGAUGGAGACGGUGCUGGAGAUUCAAGAGCGGCACGAGGCGGUUAAGGAGGUGGAGAGGAGUCUUAAAGAGCUGCAUCAGGUGUUUUUGGAUAUGGCUGUGUUGGUGGAGACGCAAGGGGAGCAGCUUGACGAUAUAGAGAGCCAGGUGAAUAGGGCGAGCAGUUUCGUGAGGGGAGGGGCACAGCAUCUGGAGGUUGCGAGGAAGCACCAGAAGAGUACCAGGAAAUGGGCUUGCAUCGGAAUCAUAAUCCUUCUCAUUGUUAUCUUGAUCAUUGUUCUCUCUGUUCAGCCAUGGAAGAAAUGAUUACUUUUCCAAUUAGUCAAAGUCAAACCUUCCUUCCUUCCUUCCUGCUCCUGGCCCCACCCACCAUUUUAAUUUUUCAUUUGCUUUUUCUUUCAUUUUCAUAAUACGGAGUAUUUUUUGUUUUUUUGGAUGGUUGGUUUAUCAUUAUUGUUACAAUUUCUCCAAUAUUGGAUAGUCACCAUUUGUCAGCUUUACACAGCGCUAUCUUGUCUUUUGGUUCAUUCCCUGUAAACUAAUCAAUCCUCUACUGUUUUUUCUUCUGCAA